UCUAACCCAGGAGGAAGCGAAGCGCCUCUCAGCCGGCCACCUCAUCGCUAGGGCAGGCAGGGGCGGCGGGUGACACUCCCGAGUGACCAUGGAGGAGGUGGGCCGCGGGCGGACGCUUUGCCUCUUCGACGUGGACGGCACCCUGACCGCGCCUCGCCAGAAAGUCACCCCAGAGAUGGCGAAUUUUCUGCAGGCCUUGCGGAAGAAGGUGAAGGUCGGAGUUGUGGGCGGCUCAGACUUCGAAAAGAUUCAAGAGCAACUGGGAGACGAUGUGGUUGAAAAAUUUGACUACGUAUUCCCGGAAAACGGUCUCGUGGCAUACAAAGAUGGGAACCUCUUGAGUAAACAGAGUAUUCAAGGCCAAAUGGGUGAAGAGCUUCUUCAAGACUUGAUCAACUAUUGCCUGAGUUACAUUGCGAAACUUAAACUGCCGAGGAAGAGGGGCACUUUCAUUGAAUUCCGAAAUGGGAUGCUGAACGUCUCUCCCGUGGGCAGAAACUGCAGCCAGAAGGAGCGGAUUGAAUUCUAUGAGCUUGAUAAGAGGGAGCAUAUAAGAGAUAAAUUUGUCGCCGAUUUACGACGAGACUUUGCAGGAAAAGGCCUCACAUUCUCUAUAGGGGGCCAGAUAAGUUUUGAUGUGUUUCCAGACGGUUGGGAUAAGCGAUACUGUUUAGGAAUUGUUUCCCAAGAUGGCUUCAAAACAAUUUAUUUCUUUGGAGACAAAACAAUGCCAGGUGGGAACGACUAUGAAAUUUACACAGACUCCAGAACCAUCGGCCACAGUGUCACGUCGCCCGAGCAGACAAAACAGAUAUGUGAAGAGUUAUUCUUCAACUAGAUGCGCUUAUUUUGUACGAAAAGGGAGCAGGUUAACUUCAGGACUAAAAUUUGUAGAAUAACUGCCUUGGGGUGAAGAUCAGGAUCAGGACUGUGGUGUGCAGGAAGUUUUUUUUUGGGGGGGGGAUUUAACUCUCCUGUUGUCGUCAUCCCGUCCCCGUCCCCCAAAGCGGCCGUUUGUCCAGAAAGGAAAGCGGCAAUUAUGAGGCGAAUACAAGUUAGCUGCCUCCCUCCACGACAGCUAUUUUAAAAAUAGGGGAAAUGGUCAGACCUGUUAAAUGAAUGAUUUGCCUUUCAUGUUGUGCCCAGUUUCUGUUUUGCAUGAUCACAGCUUGCCUUUCAGGCUGAUUUCCUAGAGAUUGAAAAGUUCUGCCGUAACAGAAAUGUCAGAAGCGAUUCCCGCCCCGCCUUCCAGACCAGAUUCCUCGACACACACCGGGAUCCCUUCCAAGCAACAUGUGUGGAUGGCUUCUUCUGCCAACACUGUUCUGUCCCCACUUUCAUCUUUCUGGUUGCUGAGUAGCCCUGAAAAACAGGCCUCACGGUGGAAGCCUUGCAAGUAGAUCACUACGUCCAGAAAGGAUUUGCUUGUCCCAGUGACUUAUUGAGACAGGCAGUUGCAGGGUGGUUUUAGGGUAGAGGUAAAAUUCUGGCACAGGAGCCCAUCCUUCUUCCACCACUGUUUUCUGCUGUUUCAGGGGUCUCUGGUUUGUUUCAGAAUUUGUUGCCUCGGUAGGGUAUGUUUGGAAUUUAAUGUACUGGAAUGCAAAGGGAUGGGAGAUUCCCACUAAUACCUCACACCUGGCUUUUUGGAAUAUGGUGCAGUUGCUAAGCCUGCCUUGGAAUUUCUGUUAAAAGCUCAUACUUCAAGUUGGACCGCCACAUUAAAAUCCUUAUGCACAGGGAAUAACGUUUUGUUUCUCCAUAUAUCUCCCUCACUCCCAGAAAGAAAACCCUCUCAUAUUUACCAAUAAUGCCCAAUUGCCUUUCUGUCAUCAGCAAACUGGAUUUGCCUGGCUAAGGAGCUUCGAACCUGUUCUUGAGAAGUAGUGUCGUACCUUGGUUGUCGAACACCUUAGUACUUGUACGUUUCGGCUCCUGAACGAUUGAAACCCAGAAGUGAGUGUUCCGGUUUUCGGAUGUUUUUGGGGAAGCCAAAUGUCCAACAGGGCUUCCGAUUGGCUGCAGGAAGCUCCUGCAGCCAAUCAAAAGCUGCGCUUUGGUUUCAGAACGUUUUGGAAGUCGAAUGGACUUCCGGAAUGGAUUCCAUUCGACUUCCAAGGUACGACUGUCUUUUAUAGUGAGUAAAGCCAUUGUUACAUCCAGCUCAGUAUGGUCAGCAUCGUUGACUUCUCAAAACCACAAGCAAUUAUGCAAAUUAAAUGUAUUUGAAUCAUUUAUCCUAAUUAAAGAAUUCAUUUUUCCAAAAACAAAAAACAGCCCCACCCUGGCCACAGAAUUUCAGUAGGUUUAGUGCAGGCACCCCCAAACUGCGGCCCUCCAGAUGUUUUGGCCUACAACUCCCAUGAUCCCUAGCUAACAGGACCAGUGGUCAGGGAAGAUGGGAAUUGUAGUCCAAAACAUCUGGAGGGCCAAAGUUUGCCUGGUUUAGUGCAAAAAACAAAACAAAAACCAUGGCCAGAUUCAGUCAUAUUAGUGCCAGAGCAGGAAAUGAGUAGCUGAAAUGUCCAAAUUCAAGCCAGCAUAGUCUCUGUAACAAAGUUUAAAAAUGCACUGCAAUUCCCUUUUAUGGAAAUUCCAGGAGCAGAAGGAAGAGAGGGGGACUGAACUUUCACAACUGGUUUCUUAAAAAAAAAAAAUCCAGCUACUCAAUGGAAUGUAUAUCCAGUUGAACAAGAGUGAAAUAUUGUUGUAAAAUAGAAUGCGGAAGGGAAAAUCAUUCAGAAACUGAUCUUUGCCACCAUUUUUAAACACUACUUAGAGGAGACGUUACAAAUCAAUGAGCUUACUCACACCCAGGACAAUUUCUUCAGACCAGCCGUGUGAUGCAGCAGGGGGAAGGGGAGAUUAAUGCUAUUCUAGGCUGCAUCAACAGAAGUAUAGUGUCCAGAUCAAGGGAAGUAAUAGUACCACUCUAUUCUGCCUUGCUCAGACCCCACCUGGGGUCCCGUGUCCAGUUUUGGGUGCCACAGGUUAAGGAGGAUAUUGACAAGCUGGAAGGUGUGCAGAGGAGAGCAACCGAGGUGCUCAUGGGUCAGGAAACCACGUGGUAAUAAAAGCAAUUGAGGGAGUUGGGUGUGUUUAACCUCCAGAAAAGAAGACUGAGAGGUGGUAUGACAGUCAUCCUGAAAUAUCUGAAGGGCUGUCACAUGGAAGAUGGAACAAGCUUGUUUUCUCCAGAGGGUAGGGAUUCAAACUACUGUACAAGAAAGGAGAUUCCGACUAAACAUUAGGAUCUUAGUUGACCACAUAAUUAUUUUCUGCUUGUUGCAGCAGUUGCAAUUUGUGCUGUAUGAUUUUUAAUUAUAUUUUUAUUGCUUUUUUAUUCCUUAGAUAUUGUAUUUUAUUGUGUUACAGUUUGAAUGAUGUGGCAUUCAAACUGUAAGACAAUAAAAUACAAUCUAGGAAGCAAUUAAAAUCAAUAAGAAUUAUUUAACGCAGUGAACCUUCCCUCUUCAACCAUGAGCCUACAGACACACAAGACUACCUAAAUCAGGCACCCCCAAACUUCGGCCCUCCAGAUGUUUUGGACUACAAUUCCCAUCAUCCCUGACCACUGGUCCUGUUAGCUAGGGAUCAUGGGAGUUGUAGGCCAAAACAUCUGGAGGGCCGCAGUUUGGGGAUGCCUGACCUAAAUGAAGCUCAUGGACAACAUCUGGGAACCCCUGAUGUAAAAGAGGAUAAAGUCAGGUUACAGCUGAGAUGGUACUGUGAUCCUAAGCACAUCUUUAGCCAGAUCCUAUAGCUCUUUACCCAUGAAGCUGAUGCUGCCUUACUUGGAAGCAAGCUUUGGUGCCGUGAAGUGGAAAUUACGAAAGUGGCAAUUAAAAUUUCAUCUUGCACAAACUCAGUCUGGGCCAAGCCACUUUUCCUCCUCCUCAGCCCAGACUCGCUCAACUAAUGCAUAAUGUUAGUAACCUGCAGUCCCCUUGCAAGGCCGCAUGAAUGUAAAAUAACUUGCCAGACAUUUAAAACGCAAUGUAAAUGAUUCAUAGGAGCGGCGACGUCGACAUCAGUGCGACAGAGGUUCUAAUGAAACCGCUAAAGUUGCAGGCAGCGUGGCCUUGUCACAAGCAGAUCUGUUUACCUGAUCCCGUUGAAAACAUAAGAGGCCAGUUCUAUAUCUAGCAUGGCAAGAAAAACAAAAAACAGUCACAACGAUAACAACUCCUGCGGUAUCUCAAUGUCCGGGGUUGCAGCGAAUGAGAAGAGGAUUUAAUUUCCUCUUUCAUGUCUGUCUGGCUUGGCAGUCUUGUGUCCCUCUCUGGUGUUAGCAGAUAAUAAGAAGAGGAGAUUGAGCAAUUCUGGUCUCUUGACAGUCCCUGCUUUAGAGGCAGUGUGUUGUAGUGGCUAGAAUAUUGGACUAGAGGCCAGAACGAAUCGGAUGAUUACAGAUGCCUUUCACACAAUUCCAGAAGAGGAGAUUCACUCCAAGCUUUUUAUUUAUUUCCCCAAAGAUUUCCAGCUGUUAGGGAGUUUGAGAAGGGAACACAACACACACAUGUACUGUUCAGAACAUUUUCUACUAGGGGAAAAAAACCAACUAGAUGGCAUUGAAAUAAAAAUGAAAUAUGGUUUAGCUACAAACCUAGUUGGAGGCAGGAAUUAGCUAGCUGUGCAUUAAACACACACACAUCACUAACUAAAAAUAAUAUACUUUGCCAGCUGAAGAAAUGCCCCAGAAGGGUUCAAACCAGUUCACGUGACAUACAGGGGCUUGUUUCCCUCAUACUAAGCCAUGGUUUACUAAAACUGUUGUUUACCUGAUCAUCUGGACCCUGUUCAGUGGAUUACCUAUGGCUUCUUUACUGCCAACAAACCACAAGCUGAAGCCAUGGUUUGUCACUGACUUACAACCUUUGGUUUGUUUUAACUGUGGCUUGGUGUCACAAAGAAAGCCAGCACCGUCCCCAAAGCAAGGUUUGGUUAGUCAAACAAACACUUGCCAAGCUACCAGAAAAGACCAGCUGGAAAAA